AUGGUAUCAGGUUCUACUAUUUUUGCUCCUCAAGCUCAACGACCAAGGAAGAAUACUCUGUCGUCUAAGCUUGGGAAGUUAUUUGGCGCUGGAAUGGCUGCGAAGCCCUCUCCUACUCCUAAGGAAUUGCAGAACUCGUCACCUGUUAACUCCUCGCCUACGCUUUCGUCACAAACAUCUCGGUCAGGAUCGGCUCUAUCUCCUGUGAGUUCGAGACCUAUUACUCCUCCAGUUUCGCCGAAUAGAGGGGGAGCUGAGUCCGGUAGGAAGCCAGACUAUAAUUCUCUUGGCCCCUCGCAGUCGCAGUCGGACUCGGUUCAUAGCGGCAGGCCUUUGAGUCCUGCGGUGACUCCCGCCACGACGGCAGUUCCGUCGUCACAGAAGGUGUCCCCGGUACCGCAACAGACAGGGGCCCCGCAACCUUCGAGUUGCGGUCGGUUUGUCGUCCACGAGGACGGCACUCACCAGCAUGUUUUGAAGAAUGCUAAGAGACAAGAAAAGCUAUCUUCUAUGAUCAAGAACAUGCUAGGGGCUCAGAAGUUGCGAGCGGAGGCCAAAUCAGCGGUGCCCAAUAUCUUACUGGGUGCUACUGUAAAGGCUAACGGUAAAGGGUCUACGAAUGGGUCAGAUGACUUACCAACGUUGUUCUCAGGUUUGAUGAAACAAUUUGCUGCAGCACAACCAACCGACCGUGCUGGUAGUGAGAGUACUGCUAGUUUGAAAACCAGCAGUGAUAAAGCUGAUAAUGGGGUAAACGAUAAAGAUAGAAGUAAGGGCGAGACGAACAAAGAUAUUCUUCGUUUUGCGGAGAAGUACGGUCGUUGCCAGGAAGUGAUUGGUAAGGGUACUUUUGGUGUGGUUCGUAUUUGCCAGAAGAAGGGUUCAAAGGGAGAUGGAGCGCUAUAUGCUGUGAAAGAGUUCAAAAGACGCCCUAGCGAAGACCCAGCAAAAUAUUCUCGUAGAUUAACUUCAGAGUUUUGCAUAUCGUCUUCGUUGAAACAUAUAAAUAUCAUUCAGACUUUAGACUUAUUCCAGGACGCAAAGGGAGACUACUGCGAAGUGAUGGAGUACUGCUCUGGUGGGGAUCUUUUCACGUUGAUUAUUGCUGCUGGUCGGUUGGAAUAUAUGGAGGCAGACUGCUUCUUCAAGCAGUUGAUCCGCGGUGUCGUAUAUAUGCACGACAUGGGUGUUUGCCAUAGGGAUUUGAAGCCCGAGAACUUGAUUUUAACAUCGAAUGGUACUUUGAAGAUCACGGACUUCGGAAAUGGUGAAUGUUUCAGAAUGGCAUGGGAAAAAGAUAUACAUUUAAGCGGUGGUGUUUGUGGCUCUAGUCCUUACAUCGCUCCUGAAGAGUAUACCCUUGAAGAAUUUGAUCCUCGUCCUGUAGAUAUUUGGGCGUGUGGUACAAUCUACAUGGCUAUGAGAACUGGUCGACAACUUUGGAGAACUGCUCAGAAAGAAGAUGAGUUUUACGCCAAGUAUCUAAAGGGAAGAAAGGACGAGGCCGGUUAUGAGCCCAUUGAGCAGUUAAAACGCGCUAGGUGUAGAAACGUGAUAUACUCUAUCUUGGACCCUGUUCCAAGUAGAAGAAUCAAUGGAAGACAAAUUCUAAAUAGUGAAUGGGGAAGAGAAAUCAAAUGUUGCGUUGACAGCAACCAUCGUCUGCGAUGA